CACUAUGGAUCUGCGAAGGUGGUUUCCGACCUUGUACACCCAGUCGAAGGAUUCGCCAGUUCGCUCCCGAGACGCGACCCUGUACCUCCUACGCUGCGUCUUCUUAAUGGGCGUCCGCAAGCCACCUGCCAAGUUUUUCGUGGCCUACGUGCUCUGGUCCUUCGCACUGAAUUUCUGCUCAACAUUUUAUCAGCCAAUUGGCUUUCUCACAGGCUAUAUAAGCCAUUUAUCAGAGUUCUCCCCGGGAGAGUUUCUAACUUCGCUGCAGGUGGCCUUUAAUGCUUGGUCCUGCUCUACAAAAGUCCUGAUAGUGUGGGCACUAGUUAAGCGCUUUGACGAGGCUAAUAACCUUCUCGACGAGAUGGAUAGGCGUAUCACAGACCCCGGAGAGCGUCUUCAGAUUCAUCGCGCUGUCUCCCUCAGUAACCGUAUAUUCUUCUUUUUCAUGGCAGUCUACAUGGUUUAUGCCACUAAUACGUUUCUGUCGGCGAUCUUCAUUGGAAGGCCACCGUACCAAAAUUACUACCCUUUUCUGGACUGGCGAUCUAGCACUCUGCAUCUAGCUCUGCAGGCCGGUCUGGAAUACUUCGCCAUGGCUGGCGCCUGCUUCCAGGACGUUUGCGUUGAUUGCUACCCAGUCAAUUUCGUUUUGGUCCUGCGUGCCCACAUGUCGAUCUUCGCGGAGCGCCUUCGACGUUUGGGAACUUAUCCUUAUGAAAGCCAGGAGCAGAAAUAUGAACGAUUGGUUCAGUGCAUACAAGAUCACAAAGUAAUUUUGCGAUUUGUUGACUGCCUGCGUCCUGUUAUUUCUGGUACCAUCUUCGUGCAAUUCUUGGUUGUGGGGUUGGUGCUGGGCUUUACCCUAAUUAACAUUGUCCUGUUCGCCAACUUGGGAUCGGCCAUCGCAGCGCUCUCGUUUAUGGCCGCAGUGCUUCUAGAGACGACUCCCUUCUGCAUAUUGUGCAAUUAUCUCACAGAAGACUGCUACAAGCUGGCCGAUGCCCUGUUUCAGUCAAACUGGAUUGAUGAGGAGAAACGAUACCAAAAGACACUCAUGUACUUCCUACAGAAACUGCAGCAGCCUAUAACCUUCAUGGCUAUGAACGUGUUUCCAAUAUCUGUGGGAACUAACAUCAGUGUCACAAAAUUUUCGUUCUCCGUCUUUACUCUCGUAAAACAAAUGAACAUAUCUGAGAAACUUGCCAAAUCUGAAAUGGAAGAGUGAAAAAGUUUAUUCGAAUUUAAAAUCACACAUGAAAGAAAUUAAAGUACACGGUAAU